GCAAGGUGCUGAUGCCAGGGCUGUUGAUGGACUUCAUGUGCGCAGGGGAAAAUGUCUCUUCAGAAGGCAUUGAUCGAGCAACUCAAGAGGCACUUCAUUGACAAUGGGCCGGCUGGGAAACACAAGAGCAAGGGGCGUAAGCACUAUGUCUGCAAUUACCGCAAGACCCGGUUCGUUGGGUCGGCCACCAACCUCCGGGACCACUUCUUAAAGGGCAAGUGUGGUUUAGAUCAUAUGACCCGCCAGUUGGACGAGGAGGAGAGGGUGAGGAGGAUGGAGGGUAUUCGAAUGGGGACGAUGCAGGCGGAAUCCCUUGUCGGAGGGAGGGGAAGUGCGGGUGCUGGUCCGAGCAGUGCUCCCUCUCGGAGCAGCUUGGUCGCCCCAUCCCUGACGGCGAGCAGGCCCCCUAUUCCAGCAAUUGGGGAGACAACAACACCGGCGACAUCCGGGAACGCUGCACCGUCGCUCGGACGGCCGACGAGGCAAACGCUGAUCGAGGAGGCGAACAGCAUCAUCACCCGGAAUGAGCAGACCAGAAGACACCUGGACCGUUUCGUGAUCUGCACGAAUCAACCGUUCAACUUGAUUGAGAACCACUACUUCCUUCAACUCAUCGACGCAGUUAAGAAGAGUCAUCCUAGUUGGUGGCCGUGCAAGAGGGACGAGAUGAGGACGAAGCGGUUGGACGGGCAACACAAAAUUGUUGGGGAUGAGAUGAAGAGUCUUGUGAGGAGGUGCAUGCUGCAAAUGGAUGGGUGGUCGGACAGGAGGAACAAACCACAUCUCAACGUGAUGGUUUCCUCCCCGAUUGGCACAGUGUUUUGGAAGUCCGUUUGCAUGGAAGGCAAGGACAAGGACUCAGCGGCUUACUUCAAGCUGCUGGAAGGAGUCAUCGAGGAGGUCGGUCCGCGGUCCGUCGUUGGCGUCAUGAUGGAUAAUGCGAGGGUCUGUGCGAAGGCCGGGAAGAUGGUGGAGGCGAAGUACCCUGGGAUCUUCAGUGUGGGCUGCACGACCCAUGCGUUGGACUUGGCAUUAGAAGACAUGUACACGCGGUUGGAUUGGAUGAAGGAAGUCGUCGACAAGGGGAACCAAGUGGGCAAGUUUGUGACGAACAUCGACAAGGUUUGCGCGAUGUUCAACAGAAUCGCGAACGCCCAGCCCGUUUCUCGAUCCCGAGUACCUGCCACAGACAUUGUGGGACACGGAGAUCCGCGAGGGGUUCAACAUUUGACUCUAUUCGUGGGCGCCAACGAAGUUGCUGAGGGAAAUCAGCAAUGGGUCUGCGGGGCAGGCACACUCGGGACACUGAACGCGAAGGAGCAGGCCAAAGUGCAAACACCAGCACUCUGGUGGGAGGCGUUCGGGGGAUCAUUGGACCUCCUCCAACCGCAGGCCAUCAAGCUUCUCGGCGAGGUGAGCUCUUCGGCUACGUGCGAGCACAAUUGGAGCUUGCACCAGCUCAUCUACGGACAGCGGCGCACCAAACUCCUGCCCGAGAGUCUGGCGAAGCUGGUUUACAGCAAUUGGAACAUCCAAUUGACCACUCGGAGGGAGCGCGGAGAGACGGAGGACAACCACAUUCCUUGGAAGGACAACGAGCUUGCAAAGACGGAGGUUGACGAGUGGUACGAAGACUGGACCACGCACGUCAUUGAGGGGAGAGCCGCUGAUGCAGCCGCGGCGGAGGUUGCAGAUGAUGAUGAUGAAGAUGGCCCUUUGGUGCGCACGUGGCAAAAGAAUGAUGAGGAGGACGACCUCGCGGACGAGGAGGACGACGUUGCCCUGCUCGGCUCAGUGGAACGCACUUGGCAUGCUAACAUGAAGCCAGGGAAGCAUAGAGGCCGUGACCGUGCCAUGAGCGCACGACAAGCGGGUGAUUGGGUGCACGGGAGGGAGGAGGCAUCAGGGCGUCGGCAACGGAAACGAAAGGCAGCAACACCCGAGCCCGAUGAAGAACGGCCAACGCGCAAGGGAAAGAGUAAGGAGGGAGGUGAUGGAGUCGCACCGCCGAAAAGGAAGAGGGGGCGGCCUCCUCUUUCACCGGCAAAUAAGGCUGCAAAGGCUGCAACCGAGGCUGCGAAGAAGGCCGCAGAAGACGAAGCGGUUGCCGCCAAGGCUGCAAAAGCAUCCAGUGUUGCAGAGGCAAGGCCGAAGAGGAAGCGCGAGGCCCGGGUCAUGGAGGACGACGAUGACAAUCUGCGUGCCCAGGCCGCAGUGCAGUCUUCUGGAUCGGCGUCAUCGUCGUCCGAUGAAAGCGGCAAAUCGUCAUUAUCCGCGUCAUCAUCGGAGGAGGAUCCCAAGGACGAGCAGUCGCUGGAGGAGUCUGGCGGGGAGCAUGAGUCGGGGGAGGAGGCAGAGUAGCGGCGACAGUUAGUACAGUCAAAGUAGUUUUCACGUUGUUGCAUGUUUUUCAAAGGCCAGACUUUUAACAAUCCCAAGUG